AUGGCGAACGUUAAUUUGCAGAUGCCGCUCAUUGCAGCCGCCACCACCAUCCUGACAAUUGUGAGUGCCUCCACCUCCGCGGAGAUGGCCAGGAACCACCCAGCGUAUCACAAUAUGGGCUCUUUGUUCGACAAUCGAUGGCUGCCAAUGGAUCAAGCAAUGCAGCAGCAGCAUCAUCAUCCCAAUCAUCGGUAUGGCUCGGCCAAAAUUCCAGGCGGCGAUGCGGGUGAGAGGAGAGCCUUUAGCAGCAGCAACAGCCACGGCCAUUCCUCAGGCUCCCGGCAAGGAUUGGCCACGGUGCUCAACGGACUCACAAAUCUCUCGGGCCUGGGGCACAUCAGCAAUGGCUACGGCUCGGUGGCACCCACCCACACGGAGGCACUGGCCCUGGGCUCCAACAAGCAUGAGAUACCCAUUUACGAGGAGCACAAUGAAGAUGCCGCCGCGGUGGCCGCCGUUGCGGCAGCGGGAGCUCAUGAAUUUGGCUCGGGAAAUGGGGAGAACAAUCAACAGCAGCAGCAGCAUUCGCCGAUUUACAAUUAUCCCGGUGGUCAUAGUGAUGCUGGUGGAUUUUUGCCACCCUCCUACGGGUCAGCGGGAUCUGGUGGUGAGCAGGGCUACGACUCCUGGUCGCCUUUGCCCGAGGAGCAACAGCAGGAACAGCAGGCGGCUCAUCCGUAUGCGUACGAUAAAAUUUCAACGGGCAAUUUCCUGCCGCAGUACGAAACGGGUUCGGGAUACGGCGACCAGCAGGAGCAACUCUACCACCAGCUGCAACAGCAACACCAGCAGCUGCAGCAGCAACAUCAGCAACAGCAGCUACUUUACCAACAGCAACAGGAGCAGGAGCAACACUCCUCGUAUUUCGGCCAACAUGACCCAUCAGCCUCUGGUUCCGGUGCGGCAUCGGCUUCAUCCGCCUCGAGCGGAUCUGGUGCCGAUGACUACGAGGAGCAUCCCGAUGCUGGCCAGGAGCAGAGCUCCAACUACUUGUCGGAGGCAAGUGGUCAUGGCCAGGGACAGGGUCAAAGUCAGAGUCACAGCCACCACUCGCACCAUGUGGAUAUCAUCAACUAUGUGCCGGUGAAGCAUGUGAAGAAGCAGCAUGUGCCGGUGGAGAAGGAGGUUAAGAUACCCAUUUCGCAUGCGGUCAUCAUACCAGUUCGCAAACCCGUGCCCAUUCACAUACCGAUCACGAAAAAUGUCCAGGUGCCGGUGGAGAAGGAGCUUAAGGUGCCAGUGGAGCGACUCAUACCCGUGCCCGUGGAGAAACACAUCCCGGUGCCGGUGGAGAAGCAUGUGCCCUAUCAGGUGAUCAAAUAUGUGCCCAUCAAGGUGCCCAAACCUUUUCCCGUCAAGGUGCCCGUCUUCAAGACAGUGCUUCACAAGGUCAAGAGCUGGUGGUAG